AUGUCCUUCACAGUGCGAAACCACAACAACUACAACAACAACAGCGAUGCGGUCAGGGUUAGCAUCGGGAUGUUGUUGGGGGUGCUAGUAUUGCUUCAAACUGCAACCACGCGAGGGUUAGCCCAGCGAGCCUCAGGUGAUCGUGAGUACAAGCCGGAAAUGGACGAUCUCUACAUUACGGUGAACGCGCGCACCCGAACCCUCGAGCUGGCGUGGCGCAAUUUCGACGAUCUAUCCAAUUACAUACUGCUGGCCGAACAGUACCCGGUGGAAGCGUUCGAACCGCGCUACUACUACUACACGAGUGACUCCGAUACCAGCAGCACCACCCCUUCGGACGUAACCGGCAACGAUAGUGGUGCGAUGACGCUGAUGAUGGGUGAUGAUGCCGCGAGCAUCGCCCUCAGCACGCCGGAAGUGACCGGUGGUGGGAGUGAUGGAAACGGUGGCACUACUACCGAAAAUAGCGUCUCCACGACAAGCACCUACAGCGAGAUGGAGCUCGGGUGGGUGUAUGACUUCCGGGACGAAUCGGGCUACCGCAAGAAGGAAGUGCUAUUUUCACUACAACCGAUCUACACCAACGGCUGGACGAAGACCGGUAUCAAAUUUAAUUACGAUCUCAUGAACGGCGUCAACACAAACACCAGCUGCUACGGCUACUACGCGUACUUCGUGCGGCCGAAUGGGACCGUCGUGUCGGCGCACUGCAUGAAGCUGCACCCGCGAUGGAUGACGGACCUGCGGCCGCAUCUCGGUGCGUUCCGCAUGCGGGAACUGUUCAUACCCGGUACGCACGAUUCCGCCUCGUACAAGGCCGGUUUCGAUCCGCAGUAUCAGGAAACGAUCAUCACCAAGUACGCGCUGACGCAGGACGACGAUGUGUACGGGCAGCUGCUGCAGGGCAUCCGGUACAUCGAUCUGCGCGUCGGAUACUACAAAAACAGCCCGUCACCGUUCUGGGCCAACCACGGCAUCUCGCGGCUCCAUCCGCUGAUCGACAUUCUCGGGCAGAUCAAGCGUUACGCGCAGGAAACGCGCGAAAUUAUCGUGGUGGAUGUGCAAGAGUUCCCGGUAGGAUUUGGCAAGGAGUACAACAUUCACACGAAGCUGAUCAACUUCUUGCAGAGCGCGCUCGGGGACGUGAUGGCCAAUCCGAGCAUCGGGUGGGAUGGGACGCUCGGUGAUGUGUGGGCCGGCGGGAGGACGGUCGUGCUGGCCUACGAUCACGAGUUUGCCUUCCGGUCGUUCUCGCACGUGGUGUGGCGUUCGGUGCAGCAGCGCUGGGGCAAUGUGCAGAAGGUGAACGAUCUGAAGGACUACCUGUUCAAGGUGCACCAUCCUCGUGGAUUCCGGGAAUACUCGUACCGGCCGGUGGCCGAUAUGGCCGAGCUAACGCCCGACCCGUGGGGUGUCAUUACCGACCGGUACGGUGGUCUGCGCAAGAUGGCCGACUCGGUGAACCGAUUCGUGACCAAGUGGUACUUUGAAGAUCUCGGCCCAACCGCCAACGUGGUCGCAGUCGACUUUGUGCGCGGUACCAGCAUCGUCGAGGCGGCAAUCUACUGGAAUCUGAAGCGUGUUCCAAAUGGUUCAAUAAAAUACCACUACUAG